GAGUUCAAAGAGAAAGGGUUUUGGAGUCUGUGGUUUGGGAGUUUACUUAUUCAAUAGUGAAAUGCAAGAUCAUUUGCCAAAACAAAGUAAAGCACCAAAAUCAGUUUCAAUGGUGUUAAAGGACUGAGAAGAUGGUGAGGAAGCAAACCAUUCUUUAACAAAAAUUUUCCCCAAAAAGGAAAGCAAGAGUAAGGGCAGCUGCAAAGAGACAAUAAGGAAGCAGGAGUAGUUUAGAUAUUCUUUCUUUUGACAGGCUGGCCAUGGGGCCUCUUGGUAGUUGGUGAACUAGCACCUUACCUUAUUUUGCAGGUUGCACACUGAAUUCACACUGAAUUCAUCUCCCAUUAGUCCUAUAAUUCUGUGUGGUGGGCAUUAUCACCCCUAUUUUAAGACAGGGACACUGACGUUCAAAGGCAUUGAAGGUCCUGCCCCAAGUCCCACAGCAAGUAAUGGCAGAGCCAGCCUUUCUAGCCGACUCUAGUCGGUUCCUCUGACUCUAAACCCAGGGCCACACUGCCUAACUACGAACCCAUCACCUGUGCCUCUGAAGCCUGCUUCACCAAGACACGGACAUUUCCAGAGAGGAUUUGGAGACAACAACCGUGGAGAAAAAGCUGUUCUUGAUAUGGUCACUGCUAACAAGACCUUAAAAAUGUCCACAAUGAUACACAUUUACUGAGCACUCUGUGGACAGCAGGCACUUUACACAACAUCAGCUGAAGCUUGUGAGCCUGCAGUAAGUUCAAGGCGUUGUGCUAAGCAUUUGAUAUGCAUUCUCUCAUUGAUAGCUCAGAACAGCUCCAGGAAUUGAGUGCUCGUAUUGUUUCUAUUUUACACUUGAAAAGACUGAGGCUCAGAAGGAACAGUGGACUUGUCCAAGGUAAUACACCUUGUAGGCAGCAAAGUUGGGGUUCAAGACGAACCAGCCUGACUCCCAAAUUUUCAAGCAUUGCAUUUGACACCUGCUGGCCAUUUGACAUAUUUUCUGCCCAGAUGCCAAUGUGCACAGGCUCCCAGUGUGCAAGCCUGGGCUGUGAGAUCCCAAAAAGGUCAUGCCCAGAGCUCAAGGAAACAGCGGGAAGCACAUGACUCAUGCACAAAGGUCUUGCUGGCCACUGACCCAGGCAAUCUGCUUUCCCAUGGAUUAACAUCUAUCUCUGCUCUCUCCUUACCCGCUAAGUAAACCCCUAAUGCAUGGUGCUGGCCCUCAGCCAGAUGCUGACCAAGGUUUACAGAUGUGAUUCUAAAUGGUAACUAUGGAAGAAUGAUUCCACAGCACUCCCACCACAAGCUUCCACACUGAGAAGCAGGAAAGGAGAAAGCAGAAGUUAAGCAGAGGAGCGAAAUGUCUGCAUACAGUACACUCUUGGGUCAUCUCAGGAGCCCUGUGGACAGGCCAGAAAGACCCGAGAGUGUGCAACAAAGCAGAGAGUGACGUGACAGAGUGGCAUGCACUAGAGAGCCAAUCUGCAUCACUUAAGUCCAAACUAUUAUAUUAACCAUCCUUUUCACUAGACUAGAGAACUUCUUUUUAAUUGUCCAUGUCAUGGCCACCAUGCAUCAAAGGUCUUUUCGCCAUUCCUCCAAGACUUCCACCAUAAGGAAAGGAGCCUCUGGACCAACAUCCUCUAAGAUGUUCAUAUGGACCAGUGGUCGGACCUCUUCAACUUACAGACACGAUGAGAAAAGAAAUAUUUACCAAAAAAUCAGGGACCACGACCUCCUGGACAAAAGGAAAACUGUCACAGCACUGAAAGCAGGAGAGGACCGGGCCAUUCUCCUAGGACUGGCCAUGAUGGUGUGCUCCAUCAUGAUGUACUUCCUGCUGGGAAUCACACUCCUGCGCUCAUACAUGCAGAGCGUGUGGACCGAAGAGGCUCAGUGCACCUUGCUGAAUGCAACCAUCACAGAAACAUUUAACUGCUCCUUCAGCUGUGGUCCAGACUGCUGGAAACUCUCUCAGUACCCCUGCCUCCAGGUGUACGUUAACCUGACUUCUUCCGGCGAAAAGCUCCUUCUCUACCACACAGAAGAGACAAUGAAAAUCAAUCAGAAGUGCUCCUAUAUACCUAAGUGCGGAAAAAAUUUCGAAGAAUCCAUGUCCCUGGUGAAUGUUGUCAUGGAAAACUUCAGGAAGUACCAACACUUCUCCUGCUAUUCUGACCCGGAAGGAAACCAGAAGAGUGUCAUUCUAACCAAACUCUACAGUUCCAAUGUGGUGUUCCAUUCACUCUUUUGGCCAACAUGUAUGAUGGCUGGGGGCGUGGCAAUCGUUGCCAUGGUGAAACUCACACAGUAUCUCUCCCUGCUCUGUGAGAGGAUCCAGCGGAUCAAUAGAUAAAAGCAAAAUGGAUGAGAUCAUUUUCUUUAAAGCUCAAAUACUGUUUUCUUUCAUUCUUCACCAAAGAACCUUAAGUUUGUAAUGUGCAGUCUGUUAUGAGUUCCUUAAUAUAUUCUUAUAUGUAGAGCAAUAAUGCAAAAGCUGUUCUAUAUGCAAACAUGAUGUCUUUAUUAUUCAGGAGAAGAAAUAAUUGGGGUUUUUUGUUGGUUGGGUUUUUUUCAUAAUCUUGGUUCGAUGCCAGAACUAAUACUUCCUUCUCUCCUUCAGCCAAAAUCGGGCUCAGUUAUUCAUUUGCCAAGCUUCCUAGAGGAAUACAGACAAUAUCAAUGUGAAAAGGUCUGUGCUCAGAAUUGUCAGAUCUCUUGAAGGUAUUUCUGCAAUAUUUUUCAUCAUUCAUUGUUUACUAAAGCUGCAGCCAAAAAUAUUUUUUCUUUUCUUGCUCUAAACUGAGCCCUGUAGCAAGUGAAGGGACCAGAUUUCCUAACUAAAACACGUUAUGCAUUUUCCUUAUAUUUCUACCCUAUCACUGUAAAGAAGGGGGAAAACCCAGCCAGCUAUUUUUCUUUUACUACUUUCUACUCAUAACUUUAGAUUUUUUAACUGAUUUCAAAAAAUAAGCUGUUUUCAUUAACCAGUUCAGUAAUCUCUUCCUGUGAUUUAAAUAGAAAAUGAACAGAGCCCUUUUCCAUGUAAGACCUUGCUACUGUGUGAGGAGAUGACAUUUACCAGGAGUUUCAUUACCUGUAAACUGACAAUGUUGAAUAGAUGCUCAUUACAAUCCAGGAAAGUCUACAUUACUAAGGUAUUUGUGUGAAAAUCUUUAUUCCAUUUCAACUGAACCAUUAGAUGGUAAAAUUAAGAUCCUACUUGCUGGUCAAGACUGGUGGACUGAUUUCAAUGGGUAAACCUAUUGUGGCAAAUUAACACAUUGGAACAUUGCUCUUUGGGAAUUUAUGUUUAAAUUAAUGAGUGUGUAGUCUCUCUUUCUGACAAGUGUUCCCCAUUGGGAUUUUAAAGCUAUAUGCACAGAAUAUUUGUCUCCUCUACAUGUUUUACUUUUCUAUUUACAGUUCCCUUUUUUGUUGCUAGAUUUUAUAUACAUCUUUUUUUCCUAACACACAGUUUAACUGAAUAACAGAUUUAAAGGAAGCCUUUGUUCACAUUGCCAUUCACUUGUGGUGUUUGGGGUGGGGAGGGGAGGAAUGAGGGAUUGGUUUUAAACAAAAACAUUCCAUCUUUUAUUUAACAUCAAUAUCAGAAGAAGAAGAUAAACAUCUAUCUUUCUCAUCUAUAUUUAAGUACCUUUUUAUACUGUAGUAUCAAGGUUUUCUAGGCAUUGCAAAAUUUUACAAGUCAUAUUUGUGGAAUGAAUGGUGAAACUAAUUUGAUGAAGUAGAAAGUAUUCUGCAAUACUGUAAUUCAUAGCUUGAAUUUUCAAAAGCAAAUAAAUCCAUAGGGUAUAAUCAGGA